AUGGCGGUAGUAACUGCCGAUAAUCAUGGGCCACUUCUAAAUGUCGCUAUGUGGAUUGUAAUGGUACCUAUGAUUAUCAUAGCUUCGACCAAAAUCUUUACCAAAUACGGCACUCUUCGCAAACUCCAGAUUGAUGAUUAUUUGGGUCUCAUUGCUAUGUUGUCCUCGGUCGGUCAAUGCAUAUGCACAUCGGAACAAAUUGCUCAUGGACUUGGGCAAAAACAAGAGACUGUCCUUCAGAGUGAGCUAAAUUGCUUCUAUAUAGCUCAAUAUACUGGUAAUAUCAUGUAUAUCUCAGCAAUCUUUCUCACCAAGCUAUCAAGUCUUUACUUCUUCGUUUGUCUCACUAGAGAAGGAAGCAAGAAACGCCGAUUGAUUCAUAGAAGCAUUGUCUGGAUUGGAACAUGGAACUUGAUCAGUAUAAUUGUGAUCGCUCUGCAAUGCCAGCUUCCAGAUCCCUGGGUGUAUGAGCCGGGGCAAUGUAUCAACGUUAGAGCCUUUUGGACAAUCAACGCGGUAGUAGAUGCGUUGACUCAGGUCUUCAUUGGUCUGCUUCCUGUGUAUAUUCUGAAUGGCUUGAGAAUGGAGGAUUCCAAGAAAAGACUGACAAUACUUCUAUUCUCGCCAAACCUUUUGACCUUGUCCCUUGUUAUUCUCCGCAUAGUCUAUCUUUACAACACCAUUGAUUCUACAAAUUAUACGUGGGAUUCAUUUAACUUGGCUUUAACAACAAACCUACACUCUUCUUUCGCCAUCAUAUUGUCCUGUAUACCCUUCUCCAAAUCCAUCAUCGACAGUCUUGUCGUCGCACCACAUAUCAUAACAGACACUACAAGCGGGGUCCUUCCAAGUAAUCGGUUAAAAGGUGCAGGAAGGGGAAAAAACAACUCUUACACUAAAGGCUCUUCACACUUCCUAAGUGGAGUUGCAUCUAGGACGACUACAAUUGUAACUGCUACUGGAGGUGAAGCACAAGAAUUGAACGAAUAUAUCAGCCGUGCCGAGAGCCAAGAAAGAAUGAUCUCAGGGUCAACAAGCCCAGCUACAAGCAAAGCUGAAUGGCACUCAUAG